AUUUUAAGAUUAAAAUUAAUAUAUCCGGUUCUUCUUAUAGUUAUAUUUCUAUAAAAUUUUAAAUAUUUUGUAAUAAUGCUAACAAAAAAAACUAUUUAUAUGGUUAAAAAUAAACUAGAAGUAUAAAUGUGAAUGAAUAAUAUUCGAAUCAUUCCAUAAUCAUACAGUUCCUUUAAAUUAUUAGUAUAAUUUUAUAGUCUUAUAAUGUAUAUAUUUAUAAAAAUAUUUUUUAUACAUUUAUUAGUUUCUCAUUUUGUAAUUGGUGGUCCAGAAGAAGAACAAGGUGUAAAAUAUGCAAAUAAAUGCGAAGUUUGCAAAGUAGUUGCCACUGAAUUAGAAGCGAGAUUAGAUGAAACAGGUAAAACACAUGAUAUACUUGAAAUUGGAUAUUCUCUUGAUGAUGUUUUACCCAAGAAAAAGAAAGAAUAUAAAAAAUCAGAAUUACGUUUAGUAGAAAGUAUAGAAAAUUUAUGUGAACGUAUAUUGGAAUAUAAUAUUCACAAAGAACGUACAGAUAGUACAAGAUUUGCUAAGGGAAUGAGUCAGACAUUUAAAGCACUCCAUGAUCUUGUGGAUAAAGGUGUCAAAGUUGAACUAGGAAUCCCAUAUGAAUUAUGGGAUAAACCAUCUGUUGAAAUUUCUACUUUAAAAUCACAAUGCGAAGAUUUAAUCGAAAAUCAUGAGGCUGAUAUUGAAGACUGGUAUCAUAAUCAUCAAGGAAAAAUUCCUUUGAUUAGAUAUUUAUGUUCAGAAAAAGCAUUAAAAGGAGAAGAUGAUUCUUGUCUGAAAGAAAAGGGUGAAACUAUGAGUAGUGAUAUGAAAGAGAAAAAAAUAAAAAAAAAAAGAAGAUAUAAAAAUUCAAAAUAAAGAAAAAGAUAUAAAAGA